AUGAAAUCUAGAUUUCUUCCAACAGGUGAUAAAGUAAUUGUUCCAGAUAUUAGAAACACAGCAGAAUAUGGUAAAUUAUUUGAGGAAGAAAUAUUUUAAUCUAAAAUUAGAGCUUAAAGAGAAUAUGAGAUGAAACUUUAAGAAUUUUUAGAUUAAGUAAAAGUUGUAGAUGAUUUCAUCUUUAAUAUUUUAGAUAUAAUCUCAUCAUCUCUUUAGAAUUCUAAAACUCCAGAUCCUUCUUUACUUAGUGAAUUAAAGAAAUUGAGAUUAUCUCUUAAAUUUGAUGAUCAUUAUAAAGAGAGUAUAGAACCACUUAAUGAAGCUUUAUUAUGGAUUAAAGCUUCUCAGCAUCUCUUUUCAGUUAUUAAUCAAAUUAAUCUUUUAAGAAAUAUCAUUUGUGCUCCAUUAUCUUAAGAUUAUAUUAGAAGAAUGAAAAACUUUUCAGAAGAUUUCGAAUUAUUACUUAAAGAACAUAAAUCUAUUGAAGUAAAAUCUCCAUUUAGUUUUAAACAAUAAAAAUAACCAUAUUUAGAAUCUGCUUAACAAUUUGAUGAACUUUUAUUAAGAACUCUAAAAGCUAUGAAACAUAUUUAAUAAUAUUCUACUUACAGUAUGUAAAUAGCUGCUUAUUAUACUGAAUUUUAAUAUCAUAUUAAUGGUUCUAUUAAAGUAAAUUAAGAAUACAUGGAACUUAUUCAUAGUUUAGUUUUAUUUUAUUAAAAUGAAUCAUCAUAAUUUACACCAUUAUAGAAAGCAUUGGAAGGAAUUCCAAAUAAUGGAAUAUUUUAUGAAUAAUUGGAGAAUGUAAAAAAUCUUUUACAUAAUUAUAAAAAACAAUUAAAUUUAGAAGAUUUUAAGGAAUUAGAUUAAAUAUUCUAAAAAUAUCUGAAAUAAUAAUAACCAAUUUUUUCACUUGAAUAAUUAAGAAUUGAUUUAUUUUUUAUAUUAAAUGAUGAAGAAGACUUUACAACAGUAAUGAAAAGUUUUAAAAGAGUUUGUUCUUAAUCAAUAUUAGAUUUAGAUUCUUAUGAUGAUUUAUUAAAAGAAUUGAUUAAUUUCACAUCUAUAAAAAGAGACAAUAAAAUUGCAUAAUUAGAAGAUAAUUUUAUUAUAGUUUCAUUUGUUUAAAAUGAUAAGAAGGAUUGGUAAUAAUUAUUAAAAUUAUGCAUUACUAAAUUAGGUGUUUUUUUAAAAGAUGCAGAAAAAAAUUAAGUUGAAAAUCCUUAACAUUAUUUAAAUGAUUUUAAACAUUCAGCUAGUUAAUUAAGACCUUAAAAAAAUACAUAUAGUAAUUCCAAUUUAUUGUAACUUUAUGAUAAAAUUAUUGAAUUAUUUGAAAUUAAUUUAAACAAGUGA